AUGGACCUUGAUGUUUUGGAUUUUGAAGAUGCAAAGACUAAAGUUGGCCAAACUCUUGAAUCAGAAACUUCUACACCAAUAUGUGUGAGAAAUAAUGAUUGUGAAUACAUCAUAUUGGAUUGUCCUGGAUUUUUUGAUAACAGAGGCGAUUUGACUCGAUUAAUGGUAAAUCUAUCCAUUAGGUUAUCAAUUCAACAAGCUCUCCAAGUGAAAGGAAUUGUAAUUAUGAUAGAUAUUGAUGAUUUAAUUAACAGGAGUUCAAAAUUCAAUGAAACUGCCUCAUUAUUUGGAACCAUGUUGAAGGAAGAUUUUCCAGAAAAGUCUAUGAUUGUUGUUAUCAACAAUAAGAAAGGUAACAAGGUCAACAGGUACACAGUUAACAAAGCUAUUGAAUUACAACUACAAGGAGCGAAAUCAAGAUGGUUGAGAUUAGCUCAACAGACUGCAUCCUUUUUGAAAUUUUGUUCUGAUGGAGAGAAAGAAUCUGCCAGCGUUAGAUUUCUCAAUUUACUUCAUUCAAAUCUUGACAGAGUAUUCCUGUUAGAUGUAAACAAUCAAAAUUCCAUAGUAGAAAUCAAAAAAGCAAUUAAUAAUCUAUGUCCUGUCAGUUGUGAAUAUUUUGAAACCAAUACUUUCGAUGAAACAUGGAAUAGAUACAACAAUGUUAUCAGGAAGGUUAUGGAAGAAUCUAUCAAGUUUUAUGAUAAUUAUGUAAACAUCAAACGAUUAAUGGAUCAACAAAAAACUAACAUUGCUGAAUUGAACACCAGAAUUGAAAGUUAUUCAGAUAGGCUCAAAGAAAUUCAAAAAACAAAUAUUGAGAAAGAGUCUGAGCAGGUUGAUUAUGGAUUACAACGACUUUAUUCUGAAAAGAAGGAUGAAAUCAAACGUCUUACUCAAGAAUUGGAUGCACUGAAUUUAUUAAUCAAAAAAACUCAGUUUUCAAGAGAUGAAUUGUUAAAGAAACAAAAGGAGCUUGAUAGUGAAGAAGAAAAACAAAUUUUCAAGGAGCAAAUUAGUGAAAAACGAAAUUCUAUUCUGGGAUGGAUUUCAUAUACUGCUAAAACCAUUGAAUAUGAUGCUCAAUGUCCAUUCAGGGAAGAAAAAACAAUUACCACUGGAAAAUUACAAGAAUCAAAGAAACAUUCUUCAACUUAUUAUCACAAGUAUUAUUUUACUAAUUGGGGAGAAGAUGCUGAAAUGAGCUUAAUUCUUUUUGCAAAGAAAAAAGAUCUUCCUG